AUGACCUCGGACAUCCGGAACAUUUCCGCAUGGCGCUUGAACAAGGCUGAACUGAAAGAGCUCGCCGAGAGGACUGAGAAAGGAGAAGACCAAGCAACCGUGAAAAGGGAACUUCAAACAAAGAAGGCCGUGUUGCGCGAAGAACGUAAGCAGGCGGCCUUGGCGAUUGCAGCCAAGCCUGGACCUACGGGUCCCAGCGCGAAGGCAAGUAAAAAAAAGACGCCAACAAUGGCAAGUGAGUCAGCCACGGCUGCUGCGAUCCGGCACACAGACCCAACGAACGCAGCGUACUACGCUCUGGUGGAAUCGGACCUUGACACCAUUUUGAAGGAGUGGCCAGGCAUUGACAAGGAAAUGCCACUCGCACUGUCCAAGUCCGAGUCAGAUGGAUCCAAGACUGGGGUUCAAGAACCCUUUGACCUGGCCAAAGCUCAGAAUGCCCUUGGGCUUCAUGGAGUGUAUCGCUGCAGCAUCAGUCUGUUCUGGGUUCAGAUCUUGGCUUCGCCCACCCCAGGCGUUCCAAUGAGCCGUCGGAGAGUUGAAGACAUGGCAGAGUUUUACUUCCCUGGCGGCAAACCAAGUUUCCUGACGGGCCGCAUGGUAGAGCUUCUGACCGACAAGGCGUCUUUGAGCGACAAGCCCCAGAGUUGCCAGAUGCUGUCGCCAGAAGAGAUUGUGCAUUCGCUGGUGGCUUCCUGUGCUGCCGCAGUUCGGCGCAAGGACGAGCUCUCGGAGGAUCAGUGGACUGAGUGGAAAGCACAGUGGCGGGCAGUGUUGCUGAGCGUGCCGGCUUCCUUUGUCGAGAUCAAGGACCCUCUGCAUGGCCACAAUGUGUGGGUGCAGGCCUUCAACCGGAGACAAUCGGUGAAGCAAGAGCAUGAGUCCAUGAGCAGGACGGCAAUGCAGAUUGCCGUGGAAAUAGACCAGUUCAAGACUAUGUGCGAGAGCUUGCCCACCUGUAAGACAAAAUUGCAGCCACCGCAACUGGUACAGGAGCUGCUUGGACUUGGCCUCCAGUCUGUGCAGGGAGGCAGAAAAGAGGACGACAGCGAUGGCAAAAUCACCGUCAACUUGGUGACACAAGCUCUGGCCGUCAAGAAAGGCAUUCUUUCCUCUUCGCGGGCAGUUGAGCUACUGCUGGAGCUGGAAGCGUCCUACGGGACACGUUCCCCCUUCCACGCUAUGAGUCGGCUUCACAUUCUGUCCACCAAGCCGAGCACAACUCAGAUGCGCGACUGGGUGUUAGAGAGCGUGCGGGAUGGGCUUGCCUACGAUCUCUUGCAGAUCGGAGAGAUUUCCAAGGGCAGUCUGAGCGGAGACAAGCAUCACACCGGGCUCGUCGCACUGUUCGAGUUGAAAAAAAAGGUCCUGGACCACUUCUUCGAUGUCCUUUUGCCGAAAAGCGGUAUGGCAGAGGCUGACAGGUUCUUGCUGAAGGAGAAGCUGUCGACCCACGAGAUUUACCGUCAACAUAGUGGCUCCGACGGAGAUUGCAGCUGGAUGGCACGACUUAAGAAAAGCGCCAUCGAAUGCUUUCACUUGUUGGAGGACUUGACCUACAACAGAAAGUAUGACCACACCCUGCGGCAAGGUGCGAAAUCUGGAGGGACUCCAGAGGCUGUGAUGGAGCACGAUCAGGUGAAAGAACAGGUGGAAAGGGUCCUGGCCAUGUUGAAGGACGAAGAGGCUGAACUGAAAGCAUUGGCUGAAUCGACAGCCGCAACUACAGACCCGGACCAUGCAGAGGACGAGCUUCAGGAGGUGCGAAAGCCGCCGAGCCAACACUCAGAAGGAUCUGACAAGUAUUGGAAGGCGGUCGGCAACCAAACUGUUCGAACUUACUGCACACUCCAUGUGCAACCCAAGACAUUGGAUGGCAUGAUCAGUUUGGUGAGCCAAAGUGGUUUGAAAGACUUCCAAGGAGAAGGAGGUGUCAGCUGCGUUCUGACCCACCUUGACAUGGACGGUAUGGGAGAAUCCCUUGGCCCAGGUCAGAGACCGCUUCUCCGAAAGCGCUUUAUGCCCAACCAGUCCUGUCUCAGAAAUUUGUUGCAUGGUUCCAUGAUUGCAAGAAAUGGACAGCGCAAAGAGGACGAGUGCAUGGUUCCGACAGAGGGCGAAUUGGUGUUCGUGCACUGCGGCUUUGAGCGCACCACCAAAGAGGCAGAAGCCUUGUUCCGACCGGCUGCAGCCAGAAAGGAUCAGGCCAUUGAAGCAGAAAUGAAAGAGCUUCUCCUGGUGUUUUCUGAUGCCAGCAUCAGGAACCGCAAACUUCGGGUUCGAGGGGCUUACUCAUCCAGGUCCACCGCCUGUCUCUUUUCAGGAGCCCCAGUGUCAACCAUGGUUCCGGAGAAGCCUUUUGGCGACUUCUCUGGGUACAACUUUGGAGAUGUCUUCGGGACCAUUGCCGCCCUGCAGCCGGAAGACCUUUGGAAAGAAAAGGAGGAGGUCCUCACCACUGACAGGUGCGUCUCGCUGACUGACGCCGCAGCGAGCAAAGGCAAGGAAGCUUCGAGCGAAAGUGUGUUCAGCGCCGCUGUGCUGCCGUGCUCUUUCUACAGAAGCUUUCUUCGAGCCCACUCUGUGAAAGCUGUGUUGGACCUCUGCGCGUCUCAGGGAGAGUUGGCCAAGGCCUGUGUGUCCGAGCGCAUCAGCUACCUGGGGCUGACGCUUUCUGACGCGCAUUCCAGUCAGCUGGAAAUGAUUUUGACCAACUUUGUCGUGCUUUGGCUCAAGUCAAGUCGGCGCGUGGAGGAGCCCACCACUGAGAACAAGGCAAGGAAUGGCAAAUUUAUUUCACCGCCGCAUUUUGAUUAA